CUACAAUCAAUCCAUAUAACACAAGUGACAAGCAAUACGUAAACGGUCUUGCGGUUCUUCCACUUUCUCGUUUGUGCUUGACCAGAGAAGUCGUCUUACGUGUGUCGUGUUGUCGGUACCAGCUAUUUGCCGUGCUGUGAAAUUCUCAAAAUUAUGGAGAUCGAAAUCCUCGAUGCGAAAAACUCCAAACCCCUGGGCAAGUGCCGUGUGCAGGGCGACACCACCAUCAAGGCACUGAAAAAUGAGGUGCAAAACAUGAAGAAAUCUUUGACCAUCCACCGACAGGCCCUGCGAUUGGAACCCCGUGGAAAGAUAUUGAAAGAUUCCGACACCCUGCAGUCGCUCAGCAUUUCGUCCGGUGGCAAACUCUACGUGAAGGAUCUUGGGCCGCAGAUCAGCUGGAAGGGUGUCUUCCUGGCAGAAUACGCCGGCCCGAUAUUUGUGUACAUGAUCUUCUACCAGAGGCCGUCGUUCAUCUACGGUAGCGCCGCUGCGAAUCCAGUUAGUCUGACUGCCAACAUUGCCGCCAUCUGCUGGGUUGCUCACUACGCGAAGCGUCUGCUGGAGACGCUGUUCGUUCAUCGGUUCUCCCAUGCCACCAUGCCGCUGAGGAAUCUCUUCAAGAACUGCAGCUACUACUGGGCGUUCGCCGGAUACGUUGCGUACCACGUGAACCAUCCGUUGUUCACCGAACCCAGCACCGCUGUCAUGUACGCCGGGUUGGCUGGAUUCAUUGUGAGUGAGCUGGGAAAUUUCUCCAUUCACAUGCUGUUGAGAAAUCUGAGACCAGCUGGUUCCACAGUUCGCAAGAUUCCAAAACCCGACGGCAACCCAUUGACUCAGUUGUUUAACUUCGUGUCCUGUCCGAACUACACGUACGAGUUCCUGUCCUGGCUGUCGUUCUCGAUGAUGACCACCUGCGUUCCGGCGUUGCUCUUCACCGCUGCCGGUAUGUACCAGAUGACGGUUUGGGCCAUCGGAAAGCACAAGAACUACAAGAAGGACUUCAAGGAUUACCCCAAGGGUCGCAAGGCUAUUCUGCCGUUCGUGAUCUAAGUUGAUCGUGACGCCUAGAGAGAUUGCUUUGGGAAUAUUUAUUCGGUAGGGAGGGCAUUUAAUACAUAACACUAUUUUUCGAGUUUCUUUGGUAACAGGUAUAGAUUUUCUGUAGCGUCGUUAAGAAGAGAUUAAUGGUUUUAGAUUAGCUGGUAGCGAUAAGAACCGUAACAUGUUGGGAGGGUUAGACUUAAGAGACAAAUCGGUGAUUCGACUGUAACUUCGUUGUAUUGAUGAAAUUCAUCAAUGUGCUAGCAUUCCCAUAGCUGAAGAACGAGGUUUGUUAAGGAUAGUUUAAAUUCUAUGAGCCACACAAAGAUCAUUAAUCCUAAGAUACAUCUAAUAUUGCCACGAGAUCAGUGAUGGGUUAGGAUUACAAGUUUGACAAUUUCAAUAAAAUUUCGGCUAUUGUAAGUUUAUGAACCGCAUGACUUGAAAUAAAGCUGAUUGACUUCUGUAGAAA